ACAAUGAUGGGUUUGUGAUUCCAAGCUUGGAGAUUGAACAAGAGAAUGUUAUUAAUGAUGAUGCAGAAGCUCAAACAUCAAAACCUUCUUCUUCUUCUUCUCAUAAGAUUAAAGAUGAAGAAAAUAAUAUCUACUUAGGACCACAUGGAGCUCCUCCUUCGCAGCUUCAUGAUGGUAGUAACAACACUACCAGCCGCAAGCAGCGGUUUAAGCAGAAGCUCAAGGAAGCAGACGAGAAGAUGAGUGUCUCCUCUGGUCGAGAAAACAAACUAGCUAACUUGAGAGAGCUUGUAGGUGGAGGCCUUGAGAAAGGGACUAACCACAUGGCUAAAGGUGGUGUUUCAAGAGACUGGCUUGAUCCACAUUGCCAUGAAUCUCAGUUUGAGAAACGACGACAUCUCUAACGCUCUUUUUGUUUGAUGUGCUUACUGGGAUAAAGGAAACUGCCCCCUUUUGAAUAUGUUUUGUAUCAAUCAAUAUACUGGGAAAUUUCAGAGCAAUAACACCAAUCUUCGUGUCCUGUCC